AUGGGGAAGAAGUGGAAGAGACCGACCCAAGUCGAGACAGGCUGCCCCGACAGGGAGGAGGGAGGUGAAAACGGCAGCAGCGGCGACAGGAGGAGGAGUAGGAGCUCCAGUCGGGGAAGAUUUGCCGAAUCCUGGAAAAGGCUCAGUUCCAAACAGGGAUCCACUAAGCGUCCGGGGCUCCAGUCUCAGCAGGCACCGGCUCAAAAGUCCUGGAUAGAAAGAGCAUUUUACAAGAGAGAAUGUGUUCACAUCAUACCCAGCACUAAAGAUCCUCAUAGGUGUUGCUGUGGUCGUCUAAUCGGUCAGCAUGUUGGGCUGACCCCAAGUAUCUCAGUGAUUCAGAAUGAGAAAAAUGAAAGCCGACUCUCUCGGAAUGAUGUCCAGUCUGAGAAGUGGUCCGUCAGCAAGCACACUCAACUUAGCCCGACUGAUGCCUUUGGAACAAUUGAGUUCCAGGGUGGUGGCCACUCCAACAAAGCAAUGUACGUGCGUGUGUCCUAUGACACAAAGCCUGAUCUUCUUCUACACCUGAUGACUAAGGAGUGGCAGUUAGAGCUCCCCAAGCUGCUCAUCUCUGUUCAUGGAGGCCUCCAGAACUUCGAACUCCAGCCAAAACUCAAGCAAGUCUUUGGGAAAGGCCUAAUCAAAGCUGCCAUGACAACUGGAGCAUGGAUAUUCACUGGAGGAGUCAACACAGGAGUCAUUCGGCAUGUUGGAGAUGCACUGAAGGAUCACGCCUCAAAAUCACGAGGGAAGAUAUGCACCAUAGGAAUUGCCCCCUGGGGGAUUGUCGAAAACCAGGAGGAUCUGAUUGGAAAGGAUGUUGUCCGUCCAUACCAGACCAUGUCCAAUCCUAUGAGUAAACUCACUGUACUCAACAGUAUGCAUUCCCACUUCAUUCUGGCUGACAAUGGGACCACAGGAAAAUAUGGAGCAGAGGUGAAACUGAGAAGACAGCUGGAAAAGCAUAUCUCACUGCAGAAGAUAAACACAAGAAUUGGCCAAGGAGUUCCUGUCGUGGCUCUCAUUGUGGAAGGUGGACCAAAUGUAAUCUCCAUCGUUCUGGAGUACCUUCGAGACACUCCACCAGUUCCUGUGGUGGUCUGUGACGGAAGUGGACGGGCAUCUGACAUCCUUGCAUUUGGACAUAAAUAUUCUGAAGAAGGAGGGCUCAUUAAUGAAUCUUUGAGGGACCAAUUGCUAGUUACGAUCCAGAAGACUUUCACCUACACUCGAACCCAGGCCCAACAUCUUUUCAUAAUCCUCAUGGAGUGCAUGAAGAAGAAGGAAUUGAUUACAGUAUUUCGGAUGGGAUCGGAAGGACACCAGGACAUUGAUUUAGCUAUCCUGACAGCUUUGCUCAAAGGAGCUAAUGCCUCUGCUCCGGACCAAUUGAGCCUGGCAUUAGCCUGGAACAGGGUAGACAUCGCUCGCAGUCAGAUCUUUAUUUAUGGGCAACAGUGGCCGGUGGGGUCCCUGGAGCAAGCGAUGUUGGAUGCUCUGGUGUUGGACAGAGUGGAUUUUGUGAAAUUACUCAUAGAGAAUGGAGUAAGCAUGCAUCGUUUUCUCACCAUCUCCAGGCUAGAGGAACUGUACAAUACGAGACAUGGGCCAUCCAACACUCUGUACCACCUGGUCAGGGAUGUCAAAAAGCGAGAAUAUCCAGGUUUCGGUUGGAUCUAUUUUAAGGGGAACCUGCCUCCAGAUUACAGGAUAAGCUUGAUCGACAUUGGCCUGGUGAUUGAAUACCUGAUGGGAGGAGCUUAUCGCUGCAACUACACUCGAAAGCGAUUCAGAACCCUCUACCACAACCUGUUUGGACCUAAAAGGCCAAAAGCCUUGAAACUGCUUGGAAUGGAGGAUGAUGUUCCCCUGAGGAGAGGGAGGAAAACAACCAAGAAACGAGAAGAAGAAGUGGACAUUGAUUUGGAUGACCCUGAAAUCAAUCACUUCCCUUUCCCUUUCCACGAGCUGAUGGUUUGGGCUGUCCUAAUGAAGAGGCAGAAGAUGGCCUUAUUCUUCUGGCAACAUGGGGAGGAGGCCAUGGCGAAGGCCCUAGUGGCCUGUAAACUCUGCAAGGCAAUGGCCCACGAGGCAUCAGAGAAUGACAUGGUGGAUGACAUAUCCCAGGAGCUGAACCACAAUUCCAGGGACUUUGGGCAACUGGCCGUGGAGCUGCUGGACCAGUCCUACAAGCAGGACGAGCAGCUGGCAAUGAAGCUCCUGACCUAUGAACUGAAGAACUGGAGCAAUGCCACGUGCCUGCAGCUCGCCGUUGCCGCUAAGCACCGGGACUUCAUUGCUCACACCUGCAGCCAGAUGCUGCUCACUGACAUGUGGAUGGGCCGACUUCGGAUGCGCAAAAAUUCAGGUCUCAAGGUAAUUCUAGGAAUUCUACUUCCUCCUUCAAUUCUCAGCUUGGAGUUCAAGAACAAAGAUGACAUGCCUUACAUGUCUCAGGCCCAUGAAAUCCACCUGCAAGAGAAGGAGCCAGAGGAACCAGAGAAGCCCACAAAGGAAAAAGAGGAGGAGGACAUGGAACUGACGGCAAUGUUGGGGCGAAACAAUGGAGAGUCAUCCCGGAAGAAGGAUGAAGAGGAAGUUCAUAGCAGGCACAGAUUAAUCCCCCUUGGAAGAAAGAUAUAUGAAUUCUAUAAUGCGCCCAUCGUGAAGUUCUGGUUCUACACUUUGGCAUACAUCGGAUAUCUGAUGCUCUUCAAUUACAUUGUGCUGGUGAAGAUGGAUCGUUGGCCUUCUGUCCAGGAAUGGAUAGUCAUUUCCUACAUUUUCACACUGGGAAUAGAGAAGAUGAGAGAGAUUCUGAUGUCAGAACCUGGAAAGCUGUUACAGAAGGUAAAGGUAUGGCUUCAGGAAUAUUGGAACGUCACAGACCUCAUAGCCAUCCUCCUGUUCUCCAUUGGGAUGAUCCUUCGUCUACAAGACCAGCCAUUCAGGAGUGACGGUCGGGUCAUAUACUGCGUCAACAUCAUUUACUGGUAUAUCCGCUUGCUGGACAUCUUCGGUGUGAACAAGUACUUGGGACCGUACGUCAUGAUGAUUGGAAAAAUGAUGAUAGACAUGAUGUAUUUUGUCAUCAUCAUGUUGGUGGUGCUGAUGAGCUUCGGGGUUGCCAGACAAGCGAUUCUCUUUCCCAACGAGGAGCCCUCAUGGAAGCUGGCGAAGAACAUCUUUUACAUGCCUUACUGGAUGAUCUAUGGGGAAGUGUUUGCAGACCAGAUAGACCCUCCCUGUGGACAAAAUGAAACCAGAGAAGAUGGCAAAAUAAUCCAGUUGCCCCCAUGCAAAACCGGAGCCUGGAUUGUGCCAGCUAUCAUGGCCUGUUACCUCUUAGUGGCAAAUAUCCUUCUGGUCAACCUCCUCAUUGCUGUCUUUAACAAUACGUUCUUUGAAGUGAAAUCCAUAUCCAACCAAGUGUGGAAGUUUCAGAGGUAUCAGCUGAUCAUGACUUUUCAUGAAAGGCCAGUCCUGCCACCGCCUCUGAUCAUUUUCAGCCACAUGACAAUGAUAUUCCAGCACCUCUGUUGUCGAUGGCGGAAACACGAGAGCGAUCCGGAUGAGAGAGACUACGGACUAAAACUUUUCAUAACAGAUGACGAGCUCAAGAAAGUGCAUGACUUUGAGGAACAGUGCAUAGAAGAAUAUUUCAGAGAAAAAGAUGACCGAUUCAAUUCUUCCAAUGAUGAGAGGAUACGUGUAACGUCCGAAAGGGUGGAGAAUAUGUCCAUGCGCCUGGAGGAGGUGAAUGAACGGGAGCACUGCAUGAAAGCUUCGCUCCAGACUGUCGACAUCAGGCUCGCACAGCUGGAAGACCUGAUCGGACGCAUGGCCACGGCAAUGGAGCGGCUCACUGGCCUGGAGAGGGCAGAGUCCAACAAGAUACGGUCUCGGACCUCCUCAGACUGUACAGAUGCCGCCUACAUUGUGAGACAGAGCAGCUUCAAUAGCCAGGAAGGGAACACCUACAAGCUCCAUGAAAGUAUAGACCCUGCAGGUGAGGAGUCAAUGUCCCCAACCUCUCCCACCUUAAUGCCCCGUAUGCGAAGCCACUCGUUCUAUUCGGUGAAUGUGAAAGACAAAAAUGGGAUAGAAAAGUUGGAAAGUAUUUUUAAAGAAAGGUCCCUGAGCCUUCACCGGGCUACUAGCUCCCAUUCUGUGUCCAAAGAGACCAAGACUCCUCCAGUCCCCUUAAGCACCUUGUCCAUCAUCCCUGACUCCAGAAGGCCUUCUUCUUGCAUAGACAUCUACGUGUCAGCCAUGGAUGAGCUCCACUGCAGUGACUUGGAACCUCUGGAUGCCUCCGUGAAUAUCCUUGGGAUCAGUGAGGCCACCCUGCAAGCUCCAGCACUGUCCGCCACCUCAACCAGUGGCACCUCCAUGAUGCUCACUCCUGUGGAAAGACCUCCGAGCCGUAGCAUCGACUUUGAGGAUAUCGCCACGAUGGAGACAAGGUCACUUUCUUCAGACUACACCCAGCUCCCAGAGAGCCAAAACCCCUGGGAUGUGGAUCCUCCCUUAUACCACACGAUAGAGCGGUCCAAGAGCAGCCGCUACCUGGCCUCUACUCCUUUUCUCCUCGAGGAGACCCCGAUCGUGAAAUCUCAUAGCUUUAUGUUUUCACCCUCCCGGAGCUAUUAUGUCAAUUUCGGGGUGCCGGUCAAGACAGCAGAAUACACAAGUAUUACCGACUGUAUAGAUACCAGGUGCGUCAACGCUCCCCAGGCCAUCGUAGACAGGGUGACUUUCCCUGGAGGCCUUGGGGACAAAGUGGAGGACUUGGUGUGCUGCCACCCAGAGAGAGAAGCCGAGCUCAGCCACCCCAGCUCUGACAACGAAGAGAAUGAAGCUAAAGACAAGAAGGGGGAUGCCUUAUCUUCCCAAGAAAGCAGUAGUUCAACCAGAACACUCUCCAACAACAUCGCCCUCCCUAAAAUAGAGCGGGCCAACAGCUAUUCAGCAGAGGAGCCCAGCACGCUCUGUGCACACACCAGGAAGAGCCUAUCCAUCAGCGAUAAACUCGAUAGGCAGCGUAAUGCUGUGGGCCUACGAAACCCAUUCCAGAGGAGUAAGUCCUCCAGGCCAGAAAGUAGAGGGGACAGCCUCUCCCUGAGGAGACUGUCCAGAACGGCAGCCUUCCAAAGCUUUGAGAGCAAGCACAACUAAACCUUUUACAUUUCAAGAUGAGCAUACCAGGAAUUCUGAGACUCAUUCCCCAUAUCCCUCGCGGCCCCCAGCACCCCCCACCCCAACCUUCACAAUCCCUAACCCUUCAUCCUCCACCCCAAAUGAUUUUUCUUAGUAGAAAAAAAAAGCAUCACAUCAUGAUAUGUUGGCUUCUACACCAGUGGUCAGGUCCAAACUGAGUUCAUCCCACUGCCAAGCAGUAGGCUUUGGAACCUUAACUAAACUGAUGCUCACAACUAGAAAGGAAAGAGGGGGAGGGCAGGAGGGAGAAAUGGGGAGAGAGAAGAAAGCGUGAUCAUUUUCUUUAAAGAAAGGCAACCCCCUUAUGAAGCCAUGAGUUGUGGUGGAUGAAGGAAUUCAGAGCUCUGACUUGGCUAGAAGACGUAUCUUGAUUGCUGACUUAAAUUGGCCCCCCAAAAAGAAAGAAAAACUAACCAGCAUGCAAAUGAGCAAUGCUGUAUUGUCCUCUCCCAAGCGCUUAGUACAGUGCUCUGCACACAAUAAGCGCUCAGUAAAUACCAUUGACUGAUUGAUAUGCUAAACUUCCAUUCUGUUUUCUUUUUACAUUGGUUCCAUCAUUGUGGUGACUGAUGAAGAGCAUCCUUUUUAUUCAGUAUAAGCCGGCAGCAAGCAGUCCUUACGUCCCACAUCCUUCACAUGCCAACACUUCUGUAAUUGAUCAUUAUAAAGAAAAACAAGGUAACAGUCAUAGUUCACCUGUCUCUCUUGUAUUCACUUCUAGUGCCACAACUGUUUAUCUCUUUGAAGGAAGGAAACAAAAGAAAUGCCUUUUGUAUAGCAAACAAAAUGAAAAAAAAAAAGUGUCUGUAGAACAAAUAAUUUUGUAAUUGUCCCGUGCUUUGUGGUCUUAAAUGGGCAUUGUAGUACAGUUGAGCAAGCUCAGAAUGAAUGUAAUUUAAUAUUGUAUAUUUGUUUUUUUACCAUACCUUUCACCAUUAAAUUUACUCACUAAAUGAUGGUAUGGGACAGUGAGAAUAAGGGCAAAAAUCACCACUGCCACCACCGUAAGUGAGCUAUAGUCUCACUGCUUCUCCUUGUAAUGUGUACAGUUCAUUACUAUACUUCAUUCCUCAUUUACACGUUGCUGAUAUGUGACCUGCUCUAUUCUAAAAUCCCGCUGCCAGUUCAUCAUGCCAUUCAUAUGUAUAUUGACACAUGACCAUGUUGUAUAAUAGCACGAUUGCAUAUGGACAUUUUCAAACGUACAUAAGCCUUUUCUUAUUUUGGCACGAGUGUAACUGGAGUCUCUCGGAGACUGAUAUAUUUUAUAGUUGGUGUAUCUAAGCAUCUUUUCCGGGAUGUUUCAAAGCAAUGAAUGGGUUUUGAGGUGAGUAAAAAUGGAACAGUUGGUAACCACUCAAGGCCAUCGUUGCAGGUACACUACCAAUGCUAUAAAAAUUAUUCCUGUUUAACAAAGAUAUUAAGAAAUGCAAGCUAUCAAAAUACAAAAUGGAUAAACCAUAUCAUUAGUUUUACACUAUACAAAUGUAUAUGUAUAUAAGAUGCAUGUGUUUCCUGCAUCUUCAUAUAGAGUAUGUUACUAGAAAGUAGGUACAGCUUCCUCCCUUGGGAAGGUUUGAGAUGCCAAGUGAUGUCACACUCGGGACAUGACUAGGUUGUGAAGGUGGAGUCAUAAGGGUGAGUGAUUUGGGGAAGCUAGUUUUUCAAAUAAGAGUGUUAAAAUAAAAAGAAAAAAGAAAAAUUAAAAAAAAAAUAAUAGACUGGCCUGGGUAGGUAAACAGGGAUUUUAUCACAUACGUAGAGGGUUCAGUCUGCAUCACACAGUGCCUUAGUUGCACGCACUAAAUUUCCAGGCGAAUCGACUGGGACCUCUCUUUGUCCCUGAUUGACAAAUGUCCAAACACCCGCCUGAUGCACAAAAGGCACACAUUUCCAAGGUGCACUUUUCGUUUUGAAAAUUCAUUCCUAAAAUUUAGAAGUUUGGUUUCAUCGACGGGUAGAUGUUAACUGCUGGGACAAGUCUUCUACUUGUUCAUUUCCAUAGUUUGGAUGUCAUAGUAUGUGUGCCUAAUCGGUUGGACCGCGUAGGGCAGAAGGCUUAUAUAAGAAAUGGAAAUGAGCACGAGGAACCCAGCACACCAGGGCGUCCCGGAAAUGCCGGUAGCCUUUUUCAAAAACAGUCUCCUUUCAAAUCGAUUCUUGAACGGAAUUGAGGUUGGAAGAGAGCCUGAGGAGGUGGAGGAGAAGGAAAAGGAGUAGGAUAAGGGGUGGAACGUGGGCCAGAAAUAUCAAUUUUCAGCUUUAUGUUGUGACUGUUAGUCCCAAAGAAAGCUGCCCCUAAUUCAAAGAACUAAACAGUCCUGACCAAGGAGCCACUGGGUCUUUUUGGUUAGAGACAGCAUUAAAAAUCAAGUCUUUGAAAUACACUGCCGUAUUAUGAGAACACAAAAAUCGAAGCACCACAUUUCCUAAUCAUUUAUUUCAUGUAGGCACAUCACUGCAGUGAUGCAAGUCUCUUGGAGGAACCUUCCUUUUGGUUCUCCUCCACCUAGGUAUUAAACUGAGUCUUAUUACGUUGAAGUCUGGGACCAGCUUAUGUGAAACACAAUGUUGCUGAUCAAGGAUACAGUUAUUACCUAUCUGUAAAUUAAGAUGAUUGUGGAGAGCAGAUUAUUUAACAGAGUUAAUAAAGUAGUUCCAAACCCAGAGAUGAAACUGCUUUGGUUUAAUGAUCUGCUUCAAAUGUGCCAACUUUUGUAUCCUGCUGUUCAUGAUUUGUCCCAAGUCAUUCUUUCAUAUGUUUUUUUUCCCAAUUUAAGAAUGUUUUAUGAACAUGACCAUGGAGCUUUCCAGAUUAACACACUCCACCUUCCUCGAUAAGACCGGCAUAUGCUGGGAGCAUUAAUUCAUUAGUGACCCUCUCAUUGCUGAAUGAGACUAAGGUGGAGAGAGGUCUUUCUGUGAUUCUCAUGGUUAGUUUAUGUGUGUUUCCAAAUCCAAAGCUGUAAGAAGUGAUUUUAAUACAGCACUUUAUUGAAUUAGAUUUUUAAAAUCCAGGUUUAUAAAUACAAGACUCUAAGCACUUUGAAAAUUCCCACUUUAAAAUAAUAACCAGUGAAAAUUAAGGAGUACCCAUAGUAAAAAAAAAAAAAGUUAUAUUCUAAAAUGUGGUUUCUAUAGAUAAUAUGAUAGAUACCAGGA